UUUAUUAUUAUUAUUAUUAUUUUUUUAUAUCUAUUCUAUUAAUUACUAAAUUAAUCCCGUAACAGUGUUAUACACGUCCCUUCCUAGUAAUAUCCCGAGCUAAUGCUGUUUCUGUGGUCAUAAUAAUAAUAUCUCCUCCAAGUCGCACGCCAUUGUUGACUCUCUCCGCUCGUAAUUGGAAGGAAAAAAAAAAUGGGGUCGCAGACCAUUGGUCUGUUGAAGGAUGAGCUUCCGGUGGAGCAGGAGACUCUGCUUUUUUCUGGCGACGUUAAGACCGGUCUCGUGCUCGUCGACAUCGUUAAUGGCUUCUGUACCGUCGGCGCUGGCAAUUUGGCUCCAAGAGUGCCCGACGAACAAAUUUCUGGAAUGGUUGAUGAGUCAGUGAAGCUUGCCAGAGUUUUCUGUGAUAACAAGUGGCCUAUUUUUGCUUUCCUUGAUUCUCAUCAUCCAGAUAUCCCUGAGCCCCCGUAUCCUCCUCACUGUAUAGCUGGAACCGAUGAAUCAAAAUUGGUGCCAGAUCUUCAAUGGUUGGAAAAUGAACCAAAUGUAACACUUAGGUGCAAGGAUUGCAUCGAUGGUUUUCUUGGUUCACUUGAGAAAGAUGGCUCCAAUGUCUUUGUGGAUUGGGUGAAAACAAACAAAAUCAAAGUUGUGUUAGUUGUAGGGAUAUGCACGGACGUAUGCGUGCUAGAUUUUGUGUGUUCUGCACUCUCAGCAAGAAAUCGUGGUUUUCUCACGCCUCUGGAGGAUGUGGUUGUGUAUUCCCGAGGAUGUGCUACUUUUGAUCUUCCAGUUGACGUUGCCAGAGGCAUCAAAGGUGCUUUAGCUCAUCCACAGGAUCUAAUGCAUCAUAUAGGCCUUUACAUGGCCAAAGGAAGGGGAGCCAAGGUGGUGUCAGAAGUGUUCUUCGGUACACCAAAAGAGCCAUGAAGAUAUAUAUAUAUAUAUAUAAUAAAAUGUCGCAAAUGUUGGGCCGUAUUUGCAUAUAUGCUUUUAGGUUGGUUUGUCUAUCUUGUCUAUGUGGGAAUGUGAAAGUAGUAAUUCUAUCACUCUGCUAUGAUGUUUGUGGUGGCAUGCCAUAGUUGUGGCUAGCUGGUGAAUCUUGUAAGAUUUCAAAGUUAAAUAUACUAGGCAGAAAAUAAGUACAAAGGUGUGUUUUGAAAAUACGUACAAAUGUGUGUUUUGUUUGUGAAAAUUUCCUUGUUAAAAGGAAAAGUCAUUUAUGCUUCAAUGCUGUUUAUGUCGCAUAAGGCAUGUCAAUAGAGGUUGUGUUCGUGUGUGUGGUGUUGGUAGGCUUAGUAAUGGUCUUGGACAAAUACCUACAUAAAUUCUAUCUUGGUAGGCAUAUGUUUUCAAUUUAUCUUAACUCGUUUAAUUAAUUUGCAUGAUGGAUACCAAACAUUUUAUGGUCCAUUUAAGUAAGUACAUCAACUAACCAUCUAAUUUAAGGUUAUGUUGAUGGUGCCGGCCCAUGCACUAGGCCAUGCCAUUAAUGCCAUUGCCUUGGGGCCCUCAAAUGGGACAAUUUAAUUUUGGAGUCCCAAAUUAAAUUUUUAUACAAUUUUAUUAGACUUAAUUUUUGGGUUUA